AUGUCUAUGAUCAAGACCGUCGGCAUUGUCGGAACUGGUGUCAUUGGAGCUUCAUGGACUGGUCUCUUCCUCGCAAGAGGUCUACGUGUCGUUGUUUCUGAUCCAGCCUCAGGCUCUGGAAAGAAACUCGACAAGUAUCUUCAGACUAUCUGGCCUGAUCUAAAGAAGGUUGGCCUCGCGCCUUGUGCUUCGCUCGGCAAUUACCAAUUCGUCGGCGCUAGUCUCAAGGACCAUUACUCCAAGGUCGAUUUUGUUCAAGAGAAUGCACCUGAGAAGUUGGAGAUCAAGACAAAGCUACUGGCUGAGAUUGAUGCUGCUACACGGUCUGAUGUUGUAAUCGCUUCUUCAUCUUCCGGACUACCGAGUUCGAGAUUCAUUUCGGAUUGCACGAGGAAUCCCGGCAGGAUCCUUAUCGGACACCCGUUCAAUCCACCACACUUGAUGCCUCUUGUUGAAGUGGUUCCCCAUCCUGAAACCGACAAAGCGAGUGUCGAUACUGCUGUGGAGUUUUACAAGUCCCUGAACAAAAGACCUGUUGUUAUCAAGAAAGAAGUGCCCGGAUUUGCAGCAAAUCGACUCCAGGCUGCUCUGUGCAGUGAAGCAUACUCAUUGNAUGCUUGCGUUACCAACAGUCUGGGUCCUCGAUAUGCGUUGACGGGACCUUUGAUGUCAAACGCCAUGGGAGGUGGUGGCGGCACUGAUGGUUUCAGACAUCUGCUAGAACACUUAGGUCCUGCCACCGAGACGUGGCUUGCGGAUAUGCGAGAGCAUGCCUUUGUCUUUAACAACGAAAGCCUUGAUGCAUUAAGCGCUAGUGUUGGUAAAGAGCUCGAGGGUAAAGACGUUCAGGCUCUGGAAGCAGAACGUGACAGGCUUCUCGUCGAGAUCUUACGACUCAAGAGUGAAAGCAAAUGA